GCCCGGGCGGCGGCCUCCCGCGGCGGCCUCCCGUGCCUUUUUCGCGGUGGCUGGUGAAGGCUCGGGGUGCCGACCAGCGAUGUCGGAGGCGAGUGGGAGCGAUGAUUUCUCCUCCUCCUCCUCGCAGAGCUCGGGCGCGGGCCGCCUCUCGCUACCGUCCACCUCCCGUAACGGCGCCGUGCCCCAGCACAAGCAGCAGCGGCCGUCGAGCCGCCCGGCGGCCCCCGAGGAGGAUGGAGAGGAGCCGGAGGCGGCGGGGGAGAACCCGAGGCGGCUGGAGAGCGCCGAGGUUGCCGGCGAUGAGCGGAACAGGAGGAUGAUCCGGAACCAGUACCGGGAGCUCAUCUACAGUGUGCAGCAAAAUCGUGAGGAUAUGCUGAGUUCAAAAAGCAACAGACUGACAGAAGCUUUGGAAGAGGCCAAUAAACUGUUUAGUGGAGUUUCCUGUGCACGAGAAGCUGCAUUGGAUGCCCAAUUUCUUGUCUUAGCAUCAAAUCUAGGAAAAGAGAAGGCCAAUGAGUUGCACUCUGAGAUGACAGCAUUUGAUUCACUAGUGUUUGCAGAAGACUUGCUAACCUUCAUGGGUAUAAAUCGUGUACAAGUAGAAGAAAAUGACAGUGAUUCUGAGAGCACUUCAGGUGGCUAUUUACCUAGUAAUGCCUGGCAUAAACUGGGAGAAGAAACAGAAAAGUACUUCAGAAGAGCACCUUCUUUUCACUAUAUGUUGGGAUCUUUCAAGUCUGAUCCUCCUGUACCAAGACAACGGAUUGAGAGGCAGAAAAAAGCUAGAGGAGGAGAAGAAAAACGAGCAAUGCCUGCUCAGUUAAAAAAAAUGGAGGAGUCUCAUCAGGAAGCUACAGAAAAAGAAGUAGAAAGGAUCUUGGGAUUAUUGCAAACUCAUUUUAAAAAUGAUCCUGAUACACCUAUUUCCUUCUUUGAUCUUGUGAUUGAUCCAAACUCUUUUGCACGCACUGUGGAAAACAUCUUUCACGUGUCCUUCAUUAUAAGGGAUGGUUUUGCCAAAUUGAAGCUGGAUGACGAUAAAUUGCCAAUAAUAGAGCCUUCAAAAGAGAAUGAGGGAAAGGAGGAUCACCAUAGUGCUGGAGCACGGAACCAGGUUGUCAUAUCUCUGAGCCAUCAGGAAUGGAAGGAGAUUGUAGAAACAUAUGAAAUAACAGAACCCAUGAUUAGUCCUCCUUAUAGAAAUGAAGAUGAAAUGGACAUAGCUUAAUUCAAGUGCCUUAAAGAAAAUAUUUUAAAAUUGUUUCUUUCAGAGAAGAUUUUAUAUGUAUAUAUUGUAAAAUUAAAUUUAUUUUUAUUGGAACA